CGCAAACCGUAUCCCUUCAUUCAUCAGGCCGUUUCCUGAAGCCAUUUCUAGACGGGAGGAACGAGAGUUGCGCUACUUUUAAAUCCGUCGCAUCUGCCUAAAUGCACGUUCUCCAGGAAAAAUCAUUUUUAAAAAUCGAUCCUUCAGACAUUCACCUUCACUUCGGUGUGAUUAUUUUUGUCUCUCUCGCGACUGAUUAGCAGCCUUACGGGCUUUAAAGUUAAGAGACAAGAAAAGGGGUUACCCCGAAUACGCAAGAUGAGAAGAGGGAUCUCCUCGGCUCCGGACAAAGUGAUUUUAACAGGGGUUGGGGGCUCCUCUCUGGACAAUAAUCUCAUUUUAACCGCUCUCUCGGACCGUUUAAACCCCGGUCAAUCUAAUACCACGUAUAUCCAAAUAAUAACCACCCCACCGCCUUGUAAUGUUACACAGACAUCCAAUGUGUGUUUAUCCGAGCCUCAGGUUAACAGCAUUUAUACGACUCCACAACAAGCUGCUGCAAACGGAACCGGACAGCGACCCUCUCUGGGAAGACCACCGGCAAAAAGGCGGUUGGCGCUUGACGAUUCAGAUCACCAGUACCAGUCAGAACCAGCCAAAACACCAAGAGGUAGAGGAGGAGCUGCAGCAGCAAAUGGGACACGGCUAAAGACGCCCAGGACUCCCAAGUCUCCGCCUGAGAAGACACGAUACGACACCUCGUUGGGUCUGCUCACAAAGAAGUUUGUGGAUCUCCUCGCUCAGUCUUCUGAUGGUGUUCUGGACCUCAACCUUGCUGCUGAAACCUUACAGGUUCAAAAAAGACGACUUUAUGAUAUCACCAAUGUAUUAGAGGGUAUUCAUCUCAUCAAGAAGAAGUCCAAGAAUAACAUUCAGUGGAUGGGCUGCAGUCUGUUGGAAGUAGAGGGGGCUCUGAGCCAAAGGCAGAACCUGACAGCUGAGGUUUCUGCGCUGGGUGAAGAGGAGCAAAGGCUUGAGCAGCUCAUCCAGAGAUGCAGCCUGGAUAUAAGACACAUGAGCGAGUUACCAGGCAACCAGAAAUAUGCUUAUAUAACGUACCAAGACAUCAAACAGCUGAGGAGCCUGAGAGACCAGACUGUUAUCGUCGUCAAAGCGCCAACAGACACAAAGCUGGAAGUACCGGACCCUGAUGAGAGUCUGUCCAUCCACCUCACCAGCACCAAGGGUCCCAUUGAAGUGCUCUUGUGCCCAGAUGAGGAAAAUGAAAUAAGUCCUGUAAAGAAUGGCAGCACAGACAUAAAUGGAAACUCCCCUUUCCUAAAAGUUGUCCAAGAUUCACAUUGCACGACCACAUCUCCCAGCAACUUCCUGUCUCCACCCACAUCCUCCUCCGCCGUCUCCGUGACAACGCUGUCCCCCAUCUCGUCCCCAUACACCAGUCUCCUCCAGCAGACAGAAGACCAGGUCCAUUCAUCCCAAGGUCCCUUCUUAAACCUGGUGCCUCCCAUUCUGGAAGAUGACUACCUUUUGGGUUUAGAAGACGACCAGGGAAUCAGUGACUUGUUUGACGCCUGUGACUUUGAUAAAAUGCCCUCGCUUGGCCUGGAUGAUCUCCUGUGCAGCUAGCAUUGGCUGAAAGACGGAGAUGGAAACGCAGAGCUUUGAUAGUGUCUUUCAUCCCCCUCCCCCCCUCGGAUAUUUUUUAACACAGGUGGAAGAAACUGUAGGUAAAGGGAAUCGGCUCUCUUCACAAAGCCUUUGUACAGAAAGGCAAUUUGAAGGAAAAAAACGCCACAAAACUUGGCAUUAGCAUCACUGUCCUGGUUGACUGUUGAGUUUAACAUGGCGGCAUGAUCACAAAAGUCCAAAUGCAGAAAAGGGGAACCAUGCAAGUAGAUUUUUCUUUCAUUUCAUAGUUUCAGGUUUAUUUUUUACAAUUUGGUGCGCAGUACGAAACCCCUUAUGUGUUUAAUGCCAAGUGUCGUGGGUGAGAGAGUAAAGAAUUUUAAAAAUAGAUUUCAUUUUAUUACAACAAGGAUGUGUGUUUGAAGGCUGUGCCGCUAUAAAUGUGGCACCCUUGUGUGCAAAUGUAGAAUUGUUUUUUCUUUUAGAUGUGAAAAAUAUGAAAGGUAAGGGUCAGGAGGUGGUUUGGCGGCCACCCUCGUAUGUUUGACCACCAUUCUCCAAAUGAAAGCCGCAUGUCACUGUUUUGGUGCACAGGUGAAUGUUGGGUGCUGUGACAGCUUGUCUGGAGAUGGUCUUGUUGUGAUAAAGUGGGGCGCUGCAAAUUAUAAUUGUGCAAUGUGUAUACAACAUAAAAGUUUAGUCUCUUUGAAAUUGCAGAGCCCCUGUCGUGCACACAAAAAAAGCCAUAACCCUUCUGAAGUCAGAGGUUUAGCAGAUAUGUAAACCUAUAAAUUUUCUGCAGUGCAUAGUUUUUGAAACUUUGUCAAUUCAAAACCCAAACAGCUUCGUCUUGCUGUUGUCCUGUCUCCUAAAUUCCUGCAAUAGUCUCAUAAAUUCCUGUUAAGUAAGUGUGCUUGGAACCUUUUUUUUUCUUCUCAUUUUUAAAUGUUUUAACACUUUCCAACUGAAGAUCGUGAAUGAAUCUGAUCAUUUCUGCCAGAUAUACAAACUUAUCAU